AAAUCGCCUUUGGUCCCCGUUCGGCCGAGCCACUUCAGUUCGCUUUCCACUUCGGCAUCAAACACUCCAUUUUGUGUCUGCUCCAGGCGAUAACUAACUCCCCAAAAAAUAGUAAAAAGUUGGAAAAACCCUAGCCAAGACAAGAUGUGUGGUGGCUGGGCCUGUGCCUCUUACAACCUUGCCUGCUGCAAUCCGCGGCUUUCUACACUGCGAUUCACUGGCCGCUGUUUCCAACCUACGCCCUGUGGUCCCUGCAACGACUGCUCCGCCUGCGGAGGCUGCUGCGGAUGCUAG